CAAAUUAAAACGAAAAGAAAAUUAAUAACAGCCAUUCUACUGUCUAGUCUCCCCGCUAAAUCCCCAAGUAAAACCCUUCUCUUUACCCUUUUUUGCCCCAUUUCUUGAAUCCCUCUUUUCAAAUCCCUAGCUUUUUAAUUCUAGUUCCUCAUCCUUCAGGUUAUCCGGGUCACUUUCUGUUGAUUUUAUUUGUAUAUAGAGACUGAGGGAGUAUAUAUUAGCGGCGACAAUGGCAAAGGAGAAGCAGGAGGAGGAGGAGAAAGCGAACAUGGAGGCUCGGAUACUGGGCGGUCUUCAAUCCCGCCUUCAGCAUUUCAGAGACAACGCUUCUUCCUUAACUCUGGCGGGUAUUCGGAGGAUUUUAGAGGAAGACUUGGGGUUUGAGAAAUAUGCAUUGGAUGUGCAUAAGAGUUUCAUAAAGCAGUUCAUUGAGAAGAAUUUGAAUGAUGAUGAUGAUUAUGAGACCAAGAAUUCAGAUAGCCACACAGAAAAAGAAGCCAAUUCAUCUGUAGGAGAAGCGACAAAAUCUCCUGAAAAAGAAGAGUUGGCUAGAACGAGCCCUAGUGAUGAGGCAGAAAAGGAAGAAGACUCCCCAAUAAUGGGAGUUUUGACACCCAAAACUGAGAUGGUUGACUCUCAAGGCAUUGAAAUUAGUGAGAGCAUGUUAAAGAACGCCAUUUGGGAAAGAGCAGAUUAUAUUAGAUCACAGUCUGAGAAACUUACUUUGGCUGGAGCUCGCCGGUUUUUGGAGGACGAUCUCAAGCUUAGUAAAAAUGCUCUUGACCCAUUCAAAAAGAUUAUACGUGAGCAAAUAGAAAAGGUUUUUGAUGCUAAUGAUGUUUCAACAUCAGCAAUGAGUGCUAAGAGGAAAAGUUCUGGAAAUCGUCAGAGUAAAGCUGCAGAAAGCACUAGUAGUGAAAGAAAAUUGGGCUCUAUAGACGAUGACGAUGAUGAUGAACAGCAUAAAAUGAAAUCAAGUGGAAAAACCGUUCGAAGAGUUGAAGCUAAAAAACUUGACAGGGAAAAGAAACGUAAAAGACCUGAGAAGAAAAUUGAUGUUGCUGUCAAAAAUCAGAGUAAGCUAGUGAAAAGGCAUUCAGAGGAAAGCAGCGAUGCUGACAAUGAAGGAGAUGUGUCUGAUGAUGGUGAAUCUCAAUCUGCCAAAAAAUCUGUAAAGAAGAAAGAAGCAUCAACUCCUACAUUUGGGAAACAUGUUGAGCACCUAAAAUCAGUAAUUAAAGCUUGUGGAAUGAGCAUUGCACCUACAGUUUAUAAGAAAGCAAAGCAGGUACCUGAUGGCAAACGUGAGGCUUUCUUGAUAAAGGAAUUGGAGGACAUUCUCGCAAAAGAAGGGCUAUCAAAAAAUCCUUCUGAAAAAGAAAUCAAAGAAGUCAGAAAGAGAAAGGAAAGAGCAAAAGAGCUCGAGGGUAUUGAUCUUAGCAAUAUUAUUACUAGUUCGCGAAGAAGGUCAGCCAUGAGCUUUUUGCCUCCUCCUAAACCCCAAAAAAAAGAAAAAGUUCGAGAUGAUGCUGUUAGUACUGAUAAGGACAAGGAUGCUGUAAGUGAUGACAAUGAAAAUGAAAAGCAAGAACAAGAAAAAGAUGGUGAUAAUGCUGUUAGCACUGAUAAGGACGAGGAUGGUGGAAAUGAUGACAAGAAAAAAGAAAAGCAAGAACGAGAAGAAGACGAAGAAGGUGAUGAUGAAGAAGGAGAAGAAGAUGGAGAUGACAGUCAAAGCGAAGAUUUUAACGAAGGUGAUGAGGACAGCGAUUGAAUAGGCAUUGUUUACCUGUAUGUAACUCUGACAAGAGCUGAAGAUUGUAGAAUUAGGAGGAUCAAGGGGCACAAACAAUGGUUAAUAGUUGUUCGUGGUAAUUUAUGGCCAAGAUUGGCCCGAUAUCCUUCUUUUAUGUGCAGUUGUGAUGUACUUGUGAUAUACAGUUAUUCACAGAGAACAUAAAGUCCCAUCAAAGUGACGAAUCGAGACCAAGUUCAGUAGCUUGUACAACUUGUGCAUUGUUCUUUACUAUGUGUGAAAUACUUUGCAUCACUAUUCAGGACCAUCCAA